AUGAGUGAGGAUUUCCAAAAAGUAACCGAGUCCGCUGUCACAGAGCCACAGCAGGCCAACCCGUAUGGUCCAAAUCCAGCUGAUUAUCUUUCCAAUGUGAAGAAUUUCCAAUUGAUCGAUUCUACAUUGAGAGAAGGGGAGCAGUUUGCCAACGCAUUUUUCAGUACAGAAAAGAAGAUCGAGAUAGCAAAAGCUCUGGACGAUUUCGGUGUGGACUACAUUGAGUUGACCUCGCCGGUGGCGUCUGAGCAAUCCAGGAGCGAUUGCGAAGCUAUCUGUAAACUAGGGUUAAAAGCAAAGAUCCUAACGCACAUCCGUUGCCACAUGGACGACGCCAGGGUCGCCGUCGAGACUGGUGUCGACGGUGUGGACGUUGUGAUUGGCACCUCCAAGUUUCUAAGGCAGUACUCUCAUGGCAAGGACAUGAACUACAUUGCCAAGAGUGCCGUGGAAGUGAUCGAAUUUGUCAAAUCCAAGGGCAUCGAGAUCAGAUUUUCGUCCGAGGACUCUUUCAGAAGUGAUCUAGUGGAUCUUUUGAACAUCUACAAGACCGUGGAUCAGAUCGGCGUGAACCGUGUUGGUAUCGCCGACACGGUCGGUUGCGCCAACCCAAGACAGGUGUACGAGCUAAUCAGGACGUUGAAGAGCGUUGUGUCGUGUGACAUCGAGUGUCAUUUCCACAACGACACCGGCUGUGCCAUCGCCAACGCGUACACUGCCCUGGAGGGUGGCGCCAGGCUGAUCGACACCUGUGUGCUCGGUAUCGGUGAGAGAAACGGUAUUGUGCCUCUGGGCGGUCUGAUGGCCCGUAUGAUCGUCGCCGCUCCCGAGUACGUCAAGUCCAAGUACAAGCUACACAAGCUCAGAGACCUGGAGAACUUGGUCGCCGAAGCCGUCGAGGUCAACAUCCCCUUCAACAACCCCAUCACCGGCUUCUGCGCGUUCACCCACAAGGCGGGCAUCCACGCCAAGGCCAUCCUCGCCAACCCGUCCACAUACGAGAUUCUCGACCCGCACGACUUCGGCAUGAAGCGCUACAUCCACUUCGCCAACCGUCUCACCGGCUGGAACGCCAUCAAGUCGCGUGUCGACCAGCUGAACCUGAACCUCGCAGACGACCAAAUCAAAGAAGUUACCAACAAGAUCAAGAAGCUCGGAGACGUCAGACCGCUGAAUAUCGACGACGUCGACUCCAUAAUCAAGGACUUCCACGCAGAAGUCUCUACGCCAAGACUCGCGGCCAUCAAGAGAGACCACGCCGACCUCGACAACGACGACCUCAACCCCAAGAAGACCAAACAGUAG